AUGAUGAAUUCUUCACUUUCCAUCGGAUCCUUUCCUUCUCAACCUACAUACAUCACUAGUUCCAUUUCUGUUUCAGCUUUGACUCACUCUACCAGCCAUUCUUUCAUUCCCAGCUGUUCUCUAUUCUCUUAUGCUGCACUUGCAUCGCUAGCUUUUAUCCGUCCGUUUUGGAAACGGUUGCAUGCGGGUACUCCCCGAAAGUCUGUCACGAUCACUUCGGCCCCAGGUCCUGUAUCGAACCUCGUCUGUAGUUUGCCAUCAUUGGGAUCCCCUAACGCCGGGUUCGAGCCGGCAUGGUGGCUCCCCGGAGGUGACAUGCAAACUGUCUUUUGUUCGAUGGGUAACUUUGAGGCCGUAGACCGUAUCCAAUACCAGAGGAGGUUCAUUCGUGUUCCUGACGGUGGAACUAUUGCUCUCGACUUUUGUGCCGCCUCCGGUGCUACCGACGUUUCUCCUAUUGCUGUUGUCCUUCAUGGACUGACCGGAGGUUCUCAUGAACACUACAUCCGGGCACUUAUGACCGACCUUACCUCAGCCAACGCGGGUUUUCGCGCAGUCGUUGUCAAUGGGCGAGGAUGUGCAGGGGCUCCAGUUACCAGCCCACAGCUCUACCAUGGUGGAACUACCGACGAUCUUCGUCACGCUCUCCUUUAUAUUCGCUCGCAGUUUCCUUCAGCACCCCUCAUGGGUGUUGGGUUCUCGGUCGGAGCCAACAUGUUGGCGAAAUAUCUCGGAGAGGAAGGCUCUUCUAGCGCACUGUGCGCCGGCGUCUGCCUCGCCAACGUUUGGGACUUUGCAGCUGGCAUCGAACAUAUGGAAAAUGGCAACUUCAUGCAACGUUAUGUUUAUAAUAAUGCUCUGGGCUCGGCACAGCAGGCACUCUACCGCUCAGCCUCGUAUGCACUUCAAGGGGUUUCAAAUCGUUGGCGCUUGCCCGAAGUCUUCGGCACGUCGUUCUGUGGAAUGCGAUGGAUUGAUGAUAGGGUGGCGAGCCAAAUGGCUGGAUGCAAGGAUGCCAAAGACUAUUACGAAAGGAAUAGCUCGUCACAAUUCCUCAGUGGUGUCAAAGUCCCUCUAUUAGGUCUCAAUGCCUGCGAUGAUCCUAUCGCAUCCAAGACCAUUCCAUACAAGGCUGCCAGCUCGAGCGAAUACUUUGUUCUUGCUACUACAGAGGGCGGAGGACAUUUGGGAUGGUUUACUCAGGAGAACGGCAAACUGAAGCGGUGGUAUACUCGCCCCGUCGUUGAGUUUCUUACCGCCAUUGCAGUCAACCAAUCGACCAUGUCCACACCAGCAGCAGUCGUAAGCAAUGAUGGAUUAAUUUACGACGCCAUUCAUCCCGAGUUCCAAUGCCGUGAAAUUAGCGAGACUGAAAUUCCCGCUGACAUCUGGCGUCAUGUAAAUGCGACGUCAUUGAGCAGCAAGGGAUGGUAG